AUGGCGGGGAGACGACGCUGGACCCUGACGCUGGGAGCCCUCCGAGACUUCGCAGACUCGGAUCGGGGAGGGGGUGGGGCGCGGCCGACGCUUCCCCUAGAAUCUGCGGCAAGCCUGGCUCCGGGAAAGUUUUUCAAAGUUCCCAGCAGCGCCUGCCCAGGUCGCCUCCGCCGGGCGAGCAGACGGCGGCAAGCACGCCAGCCUCGCCGCCACCGCCGCCGCCGCCUCUGCCACUACCGCUGCCAGCAGCGCGCUCUGGGCGGCUCGCUCGCUCGCGGGAAAGCGGGCCGGGCUCCCGGCGGGCAGGCCCUCCUCCUGGGGCGAAAGCCGCAGUUGACGCAGGCGGCUCGGAAGGCGGAAGCUGCCCGGCUCCGACAGCUCAGGCAGCGCCGCGGCGCCUACACCUGGGGCCCCGACGGGCGGGCACAGGCGCCCGGCCCGAGGCGUCCGAGGGGGCUCCCGGGCAGCAAUGAGGCGCCGCGCGUCCCUGAGCAACGGACCCUAGCAAGUUCCUCGCCGCACGCUACCCCCCUUCCCGCCUGGCCCAAAGCUCCCGAGGGCAGGGGUCCGCGCUGGGCCCUGGGACGUCUCGCUGUAUCGCGAGUCCCUGAGCCCCCAGCCCCUUCCAAGUUCCUCCCAGUCCUCCCCCUCCCCAUCAACCAGAGGGAAGGGGCGUGUCUUCGGGCGACACGCCUCCUCAUGAAUAUUAAUAAGCGCGCAUGCGCCUGCCGGGCGCGCUGGGUAGAGGUGGCCAGCCCGGGCCGCUGCUCCCAGACGGGCUCUCCGAGUCCCUCUCCGAGAGCCGGGCGGGCACGCGUCAUUGUGUUACCUGCAGCCGGCCCGCGAGCUGGUCGUGCAUGCUCCAAUCGGCGGAGUAUAUUAGAGCCGGGACGCGGCGGCCGCAAGGGCAGCGGCGACGGCAGCACCGGCCGGAGCACCAGCGCGAGCAGCAGCAGCGGCGGCGGCGGCGUCCCGAGUGUCCGCGGCGCGCGGCGCAGCGAUGCGGUCCCCACGGACGCGCGGCCGGCUCGGGCGCCCCCUGAGCCUCCUGCUUGCUCUGCUCUGCGCCCUGAGAGCCAAGCUCCCUGGACGCCUGCGGUUGAGCGCCUGGAGCGGGCUCGGGAGCCCUUGGGCGCCCGGCUCCCCGGCCGGGUCCUGCGCCCGAGAGGCUGCCCCUGGGCUUGGGAAGCCCCGAACCUCCUAAAUGUGUGCGGGGCCUCCGGCCAGUUCGAGUUGGAGAUCCUGUCUAUGCAGAACGUGAACGGGGAGCUGCAGAACGGGAACUGCUGCGGCGGCGUCCGGAACCCGGGGGACCGCAAGUGCUCCCACGACGAGUGUGACACGUACUUCAAAGUGUGCCUCAAGGAGUACCAGUCCCGCGUCACGGCCGGGGGGCCCUGCAGCUUCGGCUCGGGAUCCACUCCUGUCAUCGGGGGCAACACCUUCAAUCUCAAGGCCAGUCGUGGCAACGAACGCAACCGCAUCGUGCUGCCUUUCAGUUUCGCCUGGCCGAGGUCCUACACUUUGCUUGUGGAGGCGUGGGAUUCCAGUAACGACACUCUCCAGCCUGACAGCAUUAUUGAGAAGGCUUCCCACUCGGGCAUGAUAAACCCCAGCAGGCAGUGGCAAACGCUGAAGCAGAACACAGGGGUUGCCCACUUUGAGUAUCAGAUCCGUGUCACCUGUGAUGACUAUUACUACGGCUUUGGCUGCAAUAAGUUCUGCCGACCCCGAGAUGACUUCUUUGGACACUAUGCCUGCGAUCUGAAUGGCAACAAAACGUGCAUGGAGGGCUGGAUGGGCCCGGAGUGUAACAGAGCUAUUUGCCGACAGGGCUGUAGUCCCAAGCAUGGGUCUUGCAAACUCCCAGGUGACUGCAGGUGCCAGUAUGGCUGGCAAGGCCUGUACUGUGACAAGUGCAUCCCGCACCCUGGGUGCGUCCAUGGCACCUGUAACGAGCCCUGGCAGUGCCUCUGUGAGACCAACUGGGGCGGCCAGCUCUGCGACAAAGAUCUCAACUACUGUGGGACCCGCCAGCCCUGUCUCAAUGGGGGAACCUGCAGCAACACGGGUCCCGACAAGUAUCAGUGUUCCUGCCCUGAGGGCUACUCAGGAUCCAACUGUGAAAUCGCGGAGCACGCCUGCCUGUCUGACCCCUGCCACAACAGAGGCAGCUGCAGGGAGACCUCACUGGGAUUUGAGUGUGAGUGUUCUCCCGGCUGGACGGGCCCCACGUGUUCCACAAACAUUGAUGACUGUUCUCCAAAUAACUGUUCCCACGGGGGCACCUGCCAGGACUUGGUUAAUGGAUUCAAGUGCGUGUGCCCACCCCAGUGGACUGGCAAAACGUGCCAGUUAGAUGCAAAUGAAUGCGAGGCCAAACCUUGCGUAAAUGCCAAAUCCUGUAAGAAUCUGAUUGCGAGCUACUACUGUGAUUGCCUCCCGGGCUGGACGGGUCAGAAUUGUGACAUAAAUAUUAAUGACUGCCUUGGCCAGUGUCAGAAUGACGCCUCCUGUCGGGAUUUGGUUAACGGUUAUCGCUGUAUCUGUCCACCUGGCUAUGCAGGCGAUCACUGUGAGAGGGACAUCGAUGAAUGCGCCAGCAACCCCUGUUUGAAUGGGGGUCACUGUCAGAAUGAAAUCAACAGAUUCCAGUGUCUGUGUCCCACUGGUUUCUCUGGAAACCUCUGUCAGCUGGACAUAGAUUACUGCGAGCCCAACCCCUGCCAGAAUGGCGCCCAGUGCUACAACCGUGCCAGUGACUAUUUCUGCAAGUGUCCCGAGGACUACGAGGGCAAGAACUGCUCCCACCUUAAAGACCACUGCCGCACGACCCCCUGUGAAGUGAUUGACAGCUGCACAGUGGCCAUGGCUUCCAACGACACGCCCGAGGGGGUGCGGUAUAUUUCCUCGAACGUCUGUGGUCCCCACGGGAAGUGCAAGAGUCAGUCGGGAGGCAAAUUCACCUGUGACUGUAACAAAGGCUUCACUGGAACGUACUGCCAUGAAAAUAUUAACGACUGUGAGAGCAACCCCUGUAAAAAUGGCGGCACCUGCAUCGAUGGGGUCAACUCCUACAAGUGCAUCUGUAGUGACGGCUGGGAGGGGGCCUACUGCGAAACCAAUAUUAAUGACUGCAGCCAGAAUCCUUGCCACAACGGGGGCUCGUGUCGUGACCUUGUCAAUGACUUUUACUGUGACUGUAAAAACGGGUGGAAAGGAAAGACCUGCCACUCGCGUGACAGCCAGUGUGACGAAGCCACGUGCAACAACGGUGGCACCUGCUCUGAUGAAGGGGACGCUUUCAAGUGCAUGUGUCCUGGAGGCUGGGAAGGGACGACCUGCAACAUAGCCCGAAACAGUAGCUGCCUGCCCAACCCUUGCCAUAACGGGGCCACCUGUGUGAUCAAUGGGGACUCCUUCACGUGUGUCUGCAAAGAAGGCUGGGAAGGGCCCAUCUGUACUCAGAAUACCAAUGACUGCAGUCCUCAUCCCUGUUACAACAGUGGCACGUGCGUGGAUGGGGACAACUGGUACCGGUGUGAGUGUGCCCCCGGCUUUGCUGGACCUGAUUGCAGAAUAAACAUCAAUGAAUGCCAGUCUUCCCCAUGUGCCUUUGGGGCAACCUGUGUGGAUGAGAUUAAUGGCUACCGGUGCAUCUGUCCCCCAGGGCACAGCGGUGCCAAGUGCCAGGAAGUUUCAGGGAGACCUUGUAUCACUAUGGGGAGUGUGAUACCGGACGGGGCCAAGUGGGACGAUGACUGCAACACCUGCCGGUGCUUGAAUGGAAGGAUCGCCUGCUCCAAGGUAUGGUGUGGCCCUCGACCUUGCCUGCUCCACAAAGGGCACAGCGAGUGCCCCAGCGGGCAGAGCUGCAUCCCGAUCCUGGAUGCCCAGUGCUUCGUCCGCCCCUGCACGGGUGUGGGCGAGUGUCGGUCUUCCAGUCUCCAGCCCAUGAAGACCAAGUGUACCUCUGACCCCUACUACCAGGAGAAUUGUGCCAACAUCACGUUCACCUUCAACAAGGAGAUGAUGUCACCGGGUCUCACCACGGAGCAUAUUUGCAGUGAAUUGAGGAAUUUGAACAUUUUAAAGAAUGUUUCUGCCGAAUAUUCAAUCUACAUAGCUUGUGAGCCUUCCCCUUCUGCGAACAAUGAAAUACACGUGGCCAUUUCUGCCGAAGACAUACGGGAUGAUGGAAACCCUAUCAAGGAGAUCACCGACAAAAUCAUAGAUCUCGUUAGUAAACGUGAUGGGAAUAGCUCGCUUAUCGCUGCCGUGGCCGAAGUGCGAGUGCAAAGGCGGCCUCUGAAGAACAGAACGGAUUUCCUGGUUCCUCUGCUGAGCUCCGUCUUAACUGUGGCUUGGAUCUGUUGCCUGGUGACGGCCUUCUACUGGUGUGUGCGGAAGCGGCGGAAGCCCGGCAGCCACGCUCACUCGGCCUCCGAGGACAACACCACCAACAACGUGCGGGAGCAGCUGAACCAGAUCAAAAACCCCAUCGAGAAGCACGGGGCCAACACGGUCCCCAUCAAGGAUUAUGAGAACAAAAACUCCAAAAUGUCAAAAAUCAGGACACACAACUCUGAGGUAGAGGAGGAUGACAUGGACAAGCACCAGCAGAAAGCCCGGUUUGCCAAACAGCCGGCGUACACGCUGGUAGACCGAGAGGAGAAGCCCCCCAACGGCACGCCAGCCAAACACCCAAACUGGACAAACAAACAGGACAACAGAGACCUGGAAAGUGCCCAGAGCUUAAACCGGAUGGAGUACAUCGUAUAGCAGACAGCGGGCGCUGCCGCCGCUAGGUAGAGUCUGAGGGUGCUGGGGCUUGUAGU